AUGAAGGUCGAAGUAUUGGGUAGAGGGUCCUGCAGAGACGGAGCCAAGUAUGUUUUCUAAAAUUCUGGAUAUAUAAAAGAUUAGUUAUGGACUUUAUUUUACGUUUUUCAGACAGUGAGCUUAUCUUGGGCCUUUUUUAAACUGUCCCAAAAAAUCCUACAAGUCUCAAAUUUUUUAGAGAGCUUUUAGAAAAAAUUAUUCGCUUUUUAUUUUUGGUGGAUAAUGAUUCCAAGCUCCUUAUUUUUCCACAAUAAAAACUUUAGCUGGAACGUUUUCAGAAUAGGCGACACUCUGACAGCGUCUUAUGAAUUGUUUGACACGGACGGCAAAAGAAGGGUUCCCAAAACUAUGAUGGUAGAUUUCGUCAUAAAAAGUGGAACGGUGAGCUGGUAAUCAUAUUACGCUCUGCAUUUCAAUAAAAUAUGUUCUUGAGCCACAAAAUUCUUUGAUUUUUCAAUAGCAGAAUAUUUUCAGAGCAAAACAGUUCAAUAGCAGAUCGAAAAAUGGAAGAAUUAUUUUUCAGCUUAAUCAAAACGUAGCGGGAGUUUGUUUUGGUGGCACUUUUCUUGUGGUCGGUCCGAAUAAGGACAAGGGCGAGCGCGAGAUUCCAAACGAACCUGGUUUCGUUUUUUGAAUACAUUAAGCAAAUUAUUUCACUUUUCAAGAUGACUUGGUGCUGAUCGCGGUUAUGCGUGUCGAAAAUAUUGAAGAGAAGAAUGAAAACGACAAAAAAUUUUCCAAUACUUCAAUUUUCUUCUCUCUUCUCAUUCUUACGAUCCAUUCUUUCUAUACGUCAUAA